UGCAUUCGACACUUGUAAAAACGUUUCAAUGAAAAUUUAAAACAAGUAUGUCCAAGCCGACAACAAUUAAGGAUGCCCUGGCGCGCUGGGAGGAUCGCACCAAAAUGGAGGCCGUAACGGCCCUUGAUAUCGGCUUGCAGUUCCAGUAUCCACCCAUUGAGAAAAUGGACGCGACUCUGAGUACGUUGGUGGAGUGCCAGAAGCUCAGUCUCUCCUCGAAUAUGAUUGAGAAAAUUGCUGGCAUAUCGGGCAUGAAGAAUUUACGUGUGCUCAGUCUCUCGCGCAAUUAUCUCAAAAACCUAAAUGGCAUCGAAGCGCUGGCCGAGACGCUGGAGGAGCUAUGGGUUAGCUACAACAAUAUCGAGAAAAUCAAACAGAUCGAGCUGAUGAAGGCCCUCAAGGUGUUCUACAUAUCGCAUAAUCUGGUCAAAGAUUGGGCUGAGUUCGCGCGCAUUGGCGUGCCGCCGAAUCUAUCGGACAUAACCUUCAUUGGCAAUCCAUUGAACGAGAAUAUGGAUCCGGCUGCAUUUCUAGCUGAGGCCAUACGCCGUUUGCCCAAUCUCAAGAAACUGGAUGGCGAGCCCGUCAUACGUUAGUUGCGAUGAUUUUACUUCGACUUUCAUUUUGUUGCAUGCACA